GAUUUAAUUUUAUUUUAAAGAGUUUUAAAACAAGCAAUCUAUGACUUAUUUGAAACCUUAGCACUUAAUGUUAAUUUAAGAAAGUUUUAAGAACACUUAUCUACACAAGAAUUUAAGACAACCCAUUGGACACAAAAUAUCAAAAUGAUUGAAAUGUUUAAUGAACCCAUACCCGAGGUGGAUAUGAUGAAAGUGGCCACAAACGCCGAUGUACAUCGUAGAGCUAUUCUUGGCUUUGCUCCCCGGAUCGGUAUGGUCAUUGUUGACUACGCUGAUCUGGACAGGAUCGACAACUUCUAUUUGGAGUGCCAGAAGUAUAGGGACUACUAUCGCGAUCCGCACCAUAAAAUGCACAAGCCCACCCGGUUCCGGCAGCACCAGGGCAAGUGUGGAAUCAAACUCGAUCGGAGUGUCAAGCAACUGACCCAGCCGAUCCGUUGGGUUGGAGAACGGCAGCCAGUAAUCUAUCCGGAGAUCAGGAAUACCAGCAUGCGUCUGGGCGUGCCUCUAAUGCCCCAAUUUCUAGGACGCUACGACAAAUACACCUCUGUCGCCUACAAACGCUAAGAGAUCGUUUCGGAUCUUGCCUGUAUGCGUUCGCUUAAGGUCUAGGUUUCUUUGGGAAAGUUUCGAGAAUUGAUUUUUGAUAUAU